AUGGACGUAAGAUUUUAUUCACCACCUCCACCACCACAGCCUGCAGCCACUCCUGAUACCCCUUGUCUGGGACCUUCUCCCUGCCUGGACCCCUACUAUUGCAACAAGUUUGACGGUGACAACAUGUAUAUGAGUAUGACAGAGCCGAGCCAGGACUAUGUGCCAGCAAGCCAGUCUUUUCCUGGUCCAAGUCUUGAAAGUGAAGAUUUUAACAUACCUCCCAUAACUCCUCCAUCAUUACCUGACCACUCACUGGUGCACCUGAAUGAGGUAGAGUCUGGGUAUCACUCUCUGUGUCACCCAAUGAACCAUAACGGCCUGCUUCCAUUUCAUCCACAAAACAUGGACCUACCUGAAAUUACUGUGUCCAACAUGCUUGGCCAAGAUGGGACACUGCUUUCAAAUUCACUUUCUGUGAUGCAAGAUUUACGGAACGCAGAAGGAGCUCAAUAUAGUUCCCACCCUCAGAUGGCAGCCAUGAGACCAAGGGUUCAACCUGCAGAAAUUAGGCAGCCAGGAAUGAUGCAGCAUGGUCAGCUGACUACCAUUAACCAGUCACAGCUCAGUGCUCAGCUUGGUUUGAAUAUGGGUGGAAACAAUGUUCCCCAUAACUCUCCAUCUCCACCUGGAAGCAAGUCUGCAACUCCCUCACCAUCCAGUUCAGUCCAUGAAGAUGAAGGGGAUGAUACCUCUAAGGUCAAUGGAGGAGAGAAGCGACCUGCUUCUGAUAUGGGAAAGAAACCCAAAACUCCCAAAAAGAAGAAGAAGAAGGACCCUAAUGAGCCACAGAAGCCUGUGUCUGCCUAUGCAUUAUUCUUCCGAGACACUCAAGCAGCCAUCAAGGGCCAAAACCCAAAUGCUACAUUUGGUGAAGUCUCUAAAAUUGUAGCUUCAAUGUGGGAUGGCUUGGGAGAGGAACAAAAACAGGUAUACAAAAAGAAAACUGAAGCUGCUAAGAAGGAAUAUUUGAAGCAGUUAGCUGCAUACAGAGCAAGCCUUGUAUCCAAGAGCUACAGUGAACCUGUUGAUGUUAAGGCGUCCCAACCACCUCAGAUGAUUAAUUCAAAACAGUCAGUGUUCCAUGGGCCCACACAGGCUCAUUCCGCACUGUACCUAAGCUCCCAUUAUCACCAACAACCCGGAAUGAAUCCACACAUAACUGCCAUGCACGCUAAUAUCCCCAGGAAUAUCGCACCCAAGCCCAACAACCAAAUGCCAGUGACUGUUUCCAUAGCAAAUAUGGCUGUGUCCCCACCUCCACCGCUUCAGAUUAGCCCACCUCUCCACCAGCAUCUCAACAUACAGCAACACCAGCCAAUUACAAUGCAGCAGUCCAUUGGAAACCAACUCCCAAUGCAGGUCCAGUCUGCUUUACAUUCACCUACAAUGCAGCAAGGAUUUACUCUUCAGCCUGAUUAUCAGAAUAUCAUCAACCCUACAUCUACAGCUGCACAAGUUGUUACCCAAGCAAUGGAGUAUGUUCGUUCAGGGUGCAGAAAUCCUCCAGCACAGACUGUGGACUGGAAUAAUGACUACUGCAGUAAUGGGGGCAUGCAGAGGGACAAAGCACUGUACCUUACCUGA